UACCUGCCUGUUGGUGCACUGUAGGAGGAAACUGGUGUACCUGGAUAUCUACAUGAGGAAAACAUGAAAACCCAACAACAAAGGGAGCAUCGGUUACAACUGGGAAUCAAACCUGAAACCCUCUUGUUGUAAGGCUAAAGCACUUACUAACUGCAAAACUGCAAAAAAAAAAAAAAAAAAAAAACUAUUCAAAUAACUAAUUAAAAGACAAAGUCCUCUUCCACCGUGUGACUAAAAUGUAAAAAAACAAACAUGAAUUAAUUCAUUAACACCAUUCACAGUACAACCAGUGUACACCAGCUCAGCAAAAGUUUUGCAAACUUUCUUAAAGUGCAAAAAAACAGGAUUUUCUAUCUUAAAGUUCUCUCUCCUUCUCACACACUCUCACACACACGCACACGCACAAAAAAAGAUUUGUGAGGAGGGCAGCAGCCUGCUGGGUAAUCACUCGCCAUCACUUCCCCUCGGCCUUUUUUGUGAAUGGAGCUCAUUAUGCAUGCAGCCUCCACGCAGCUCCAUUCACAAGCAGCGGCAGCAGCAGCAGCUCCCUCCUCUGUGUGCACGGCUGCGUGGAUCUCACUCCACUCAGCCUAAAUGACCACAAACGGUUAACGGACGGAUUAUAAGAUGGAUGGAUAUUUGGACCAGCAAGUGCCUUACACUUUAGCAAAUAAGACGCUAGGAAAUGGGCCCCUAAAUAGACUGUUGAUGGCAGCAAAAAGGAAAUACAUGGACACAGAAUUACCCCCUCAGGACUCUGAAGACCUCUUCCAGGAUUUAAGCCAACUCCAAGAGACAUGGCUCACAGAAGCUCAGGUUCCUGACAGUGACGAGCAGUUUGUUCCUGAUUUCCAUUCUGAGAACUCAGUGGCAUUUCACAGCCCUCCAGUCACUAUCAAGAAGGAGCCGCAAAGCCCCGGCUCCGACCCCAGCCAGUCCUGUAGCCACAAGCAGAGCUUUAGCUACCCUAAUGGAGAGCAGUGCCUUUAUGCCAGUGCCUAUGAGCAGAAAAGGGCUGCAGGAGGAGCUAAGAGCUCCUGCCCCGGGACACCAAUGUCUCCAAUGCAGCAGCAUUACUCCCCAAAACCUGCCACAGCCGGACGGCCUGACGCUGGCUACAUGAACCCGACUGCCACCUCCCAGCCACUGCCCAGCAACACUUACCCCAUCAAUACCAGGUAUCAGGGCCCUUCAGGAGACCCCAUGUGCCCCCAGUUCCCUCCACCAGGGCAGGCCUUUCAGCGAAUGUCAUCUGCACCAGCAGGACAUGGCAGCAGUGGAGCUGGUGGAGGUGGAGGGCCAGGGGGCGGAGGGGGUGGAGGUGGUGCAGGUUAUCAUCGGCAGCACUCUGACCCCUGCAUGCCCUACUUGCAGCAGAGCUUUAAGCAAGAAUACAUGGACCCGCUAUAUGAGCGGGCAGCUCACAUGGCUGGGCCGGUGCAUGAAAGUGGGCCAGGACAGGGACAUGGUCAUGGAUCGCACUCUACCCCACAUCCACAUCAACACCCACAGCCACAUCCACACAGGUUCCCACCGGCUCAUAUGAUGGUCAAGCAGGAGCCCACAGACUACACCUACGAACCUGAUGUUCCUGGAUGCCCAUCCAUGUACCACCACAACGAGGGCUACCCGAACCCCCAGCACAGCAACGAGGGAUAUCUGUUCGAAAAUGACUCUCGUGUGGUUCCAGAAAAAUUCGAAGGUGAGGUAAAGCAGGAGGGGGGCGGCGUUUUUCGCGAGGGAACACCUUACCAGCGCCGAGGCUCUCUGCAGCUCUGGCAGUUCCUGGUGGCUCUCCUGGAUGACCCCGGCAACAGCCACUUCAUUGCCUGGACCGGCCGUGGCAUGGAGUUCAAACUAAUUGAACCUGAAGAGGUUGCAAGGCUGUGGGGCAUGCAGAAGAACCGUCCAGCCAUGAACUACGACAAACUCAGCCGCUCUCUGCGCUACUAUUAUGAGAAGGGAAUCAUGCAGAAGGUGGCAGGAGAGCGCUACGUUUACAAGUUUGUUUGUGAGCCCGAGGCUCUCAUCUCCCUGGCCUUCCCCGACAAUCAGCGGCCUAGCCUGAAGGUGGAGUUUGAGCGCUAUGUCAACGAGGAGGACACUGUGCCCCUGUCCCACCUGGACGACGGUGUCCCCUACACCACAGAACAAGCCCCACAAAACAUGGGCCCACAGCCCUACUCCAAAGGCUACAUGUAUUAAAGCCAGCCAACAGCCCCGCUCCUUUAUCCCCACCUACAGAAAUGUUGUACCCACCCAUCGUCAUACACCCCAUGAAACCCCAUGCACCUAUUGCACAUUGCCCACCCCACCCACUUGUAUAUAAGGCUAUGGUGUUUUUGUUUUAAAUUAAUCUCAUUAGGGAUUUUUUUGUCUGUUUUCAAGAGCUGCAUUCCUCUCACAUCUGAGGCCUAUUCAGUCCAUAAACAUGACUGUGGUUAAAAAGUUUGCUUAAUAAAUAACCAUGAUACCCAAACUGACACCUGCUUCAUGUUUGUCUCACAUUGUAACAGAAGAACAUUUAGUCUAAAUAUUAUUAAACUACACAUAAGCCAAGGCAGCACAGUACAAUGAAGUAGUGGCACCACAGUAGUUUGAGAACCACUCUUCCAUGUAGCUAGAAUUUUGGUAGAGUAAAAGCACAUUUCUAUAAAGAAAAUAUAUAGAAACAUACAAGGAAUACAUUCAUUAUUUUAUCUGUAAACAAAACAAUAGUGUUGUUUUUUUUGAGUUACUUGAAAACUGUAAAAAUUAGAAAACACAGCUCAAUCUUUACAAUUUUAUGGCCACUGUAGCAUUGCUGUACUCUACUGGUGAGAAGGAACCAAUGCUACCCAAACGUUCUUGUUGACGAAGUGCGGUGAGCAGCAGGAACCUAUCUAUCAUUAUAUAGAACAUUUUAUGAUUCAUGAAACGCAAGAUUUUAAGUUUGGACAUUUACAAAUUUGUAGUCAUUGGUUUUCCAUCCUGUAAAUCUUCACUUAUCCUGUUCUGCAAAACUAAAAAUUAACCAAAGUUUGUAGUUUUAGUUCUGAAGAACUGAACAAGUCACAACUGACUAGAACUGUAAGAGAACCAUUAUCAGAAUAGAUGAGAAGCUUCGCAGACCUUUUGGCAACAAGUGUAUAGAUCCCCUACAGCUAUUGAAGGUACCUACAUUUGUUUAAAAAAACACUAAAAACACCGCCUUUCAGCCACAAUCUGUAGCUAGUUAGCUUAAAGAGUGAAAAUAAGAGAAAAUGGAGAGGUACUGUGUUAUUUAGUGACCAUUAGUGGUGCUGUUAAAAUUUCAACUUAAAUGUUGACAGAGCCACUUAAGCAGAAUCAAUAAUACUAAUACAAUAAAACGUAGAUAAUUAGCCUGUAUUUAAAACUUUACAC